UCAGCAGACGACGACAUCCAACCCCAUUGCCAUCGUCCUGCACCUCGCGAGAAUCCAAAGCUGUACUUGGCACAGCUCGCGCAAAAUCCUACUUGCAAGAGAACAAUUCCUCCUCCUCGGCUACCUGCGCUGCACUCCUCCUCCCCCAUCCACCAUCUCCUUCCUUGCUUCUCCGGGAGGGAAGGAACCCGGGAAGCCGGCCCCCCACCCUCUGCAAAAGCCACGCGCCACCAAACUUUCCCACCCUCCGCGGCUGCGUCCCGUCGCUGUCGCGUUUAGCGCAACCGACUCCGCGGGCCCGUCGCCGAGGCCAUAAAGGUGCUCGGCGGCGACAGGAUGAUGAGCGGCAGAUCGGGCGGGAGGGACGCCGAGGGCGAGUGGGAGGUCCGGCCGGGCGGGAUGCUGGUGCAGCGUAGGGACGGCGACGCGGGCGGACCCGCCAUCAGGGUUAGGGUGUCCCACGGCGCCGCCUUCCGCGACGUCGCCGUGCUGGCGCAGGCCACCUUCGGUGAAUUGAAGAGGAUCCUUGCCCAGGCUACUGGCGUGGAACCUGAGAGGCAGAGGCUCUUCUUCCGUGGGAAGGAGAAGAGUGACAGCGAGUUCCUGCAUGCAGCAGGUGUCAAGGAUGGAGCAAAACUGCUUCUGCUUGAGAAGCCUGCCCUUGCCAACAUGGAGCAGAAGGUUGAGCCAAUGAUUAUGGAUGAGAGUAUGAUGAAGGCAUAUGAGGCUGUUGCUCGUGUCAGAGCUGAAGUUGAUAAGCUCUCCGCUAAGGUAUGUGACCUGGAGAAGAGUGUGCUUGCAGGGAGCAAGGUUGAGGAUAAAGAAUUCGUCCUCUUGACGGAGCUGCUUAUGAUGCAGCUCCUGAAACUAGACGGCAUAGAAGCGGAAGGAGAAGCAAGGGCACAGAGGAAGGCUGAGGUGUGCCGAGUUCAGUCUCUUGUGGAGACAUUGGACAAGCUGAAAGCAAGAAACGCUAACCCCUUCAGCGAUCACAACAAAGCUGUUUCAGUUACGACACAGUGGGAGACAUUCGAAAACGGCAUGGGCAGCUUGAGCGCACCCCCGCCACGUGUUUCUUCGACACAAGUCGACACUGACUGGGAGCAGUUCGACUAACCUCAGAUCAAGCUAUUAUUGCAUCAUGAAACUUGUGAGAUCAGUACCGACAUUCCUUUUGCAGGCACUAAGCUAUUGUGUAUAUGCACCGAGUGUGAUGCCUUUUGCUAUUCCCACUGCCUGUGAAUGUUACCAAAUGAUACCAGGUGAAUUGUGUCGCUGAUCGGGGGUUUCCAUAUUUUAAUCUCUUUUAGCAAUGAGCAUGGUAAAUCGUGGCUUGCUUCUGCAAGGAUUCUAACAUCA